ACGAGAUCUCUCUCUCUCUCUACCACUUUUCUCUCUCUCUCUCUCCUUUUUCUCUUCCGCAUCUGCAAUUCUCGAUUGGGUAAAAUAAAAAAAGCUUUAUUCCACGGUGAGAUAUAAUACAUCCGUUUUGCCCAAUUGAGUACGUACGGAAAUCAUAAUCUCCCCCCUUCCGGCGUUGAUCAUCGUCCCCACAAAACGACCGCGCAGAGAAGCAUAAAUGUUUUAAUGGAGGCAAAAUUUGGCAAGAAGAAAUCGUCCAGUAGUAAUCGGAUCCAUUACGAAGCCCCUCUUGAUUACACCAUCGAAGACGUUCGUCCCAACGGUGGCACCGAGAAAUUCCGAUCUGUUGCUUACUCCAACUGCGAGAGGAAGCCGUCCUGAGACGACUUGAAUUCAUCAGUAGAGCAUAUAAUCCCGCAAAAUAUUUCCAUUUUUUCUUAUUUUAUUUCUUCCUAAUUUCUCUCCGAUCCAUCUCUUCAACUUUCAUCAAUGGCGGUUUCUGCAAUUGGUUUCGAAGGCUUCGAGAAACGGCUUGAAAUCGCAUUCUCGGGCCCUCCAAACGGGCCGGGCCUUCGGGCCCUGACCCGUAACCAACUCGAUUCAAUACUCGAACUCGCCUGCUGCACCAUCGUGUCACACCUAUCCAACACCGAGUUCGACUCGUACGUUCUCUCCGAGUCGAGCCUAUUCGUCUACCCGCUCAAAAUCAUCCUGAAAACGUGUGGGACCACCAAGCUUCUUCUGUCGGUCCCACAAAUCCUAAAACUCGCCGAUUCUCUCUCCCUUGUUUACCGAUCGGUUCGCUACUCACGUGGCACUUUUAUUUUUCAAAAUACCCAACCUGCCCCUCACCGCAGCUUUUCCGAAGAAGCCGCUUUUCUGAACACGUAUUUCGAAAACGGCAGCGGUUAUUUACUCGGCGACCCGAGUUGCCCGAACCGGAACUGGCACGUCUACGUGGCGGCGGUCGACCCGGACCCGCUUAGGGGGUCCGAUUAUAUGACUGGGGUGAAUCUGGAGAUGUGCAUGACCGGCCUUGACCGGGAAAAGGCCGCCGUGUUUUUCAACUCCGGCGGCGGCGGCGGCGGUGGAAGAAUGACGAAGAUGUCGGGGAUUGACGAUAUAUUGCCGGGGCACGAGAUAUGUGAUUUUGAAUUUGAGCCGUGCGGGUACUCGAUGAAUGCGAUAGAGGGUGCAGCGUACUCUACGGUGCACGUGACCCCAGAGGAUGGGUUCAGCUACGCGAGCUACGAGGCGAUGGGUUUGGAGCUAGGUUCGGUUGGGUUCGAGCCGCUGCUGAAGAGAGUGCUGAGGUGUUUCAAGCCGGAGGAGUUUAGUCUUGCUGUCACGUGCCAGAGAGGUGGUGGGCUGGAGAAUAUUUGGUUCGGCGACGUAGACGGUUACACGUGCGAGAAUGCGGUUGUGCAGCCGCUGCCGGGUGGCGGAUGGGUGGUCUACAGGUGUUUCGCGGCGGAGGAGAGGCGGUGCGUUGCUACGACUACGGCCAACUCGGCCAUGCAUUGCUGGAAGGAGGUGGCGGAGGAGGGGAGGCUGACGGCGGUCCGUUGUGUGGACUUCUUUUAGACCAAAUUUGCUAUGCAGUUUUUUAUUUUUAUUUUUUCCUGGUUUUAUUAAUUUUAAUAUUAAGUGGUGAAUUUUGCUUUUCUUUCUUCUCGAUUUGGAAUGAAAACAGAAAUUAUAGUAAAUUCGAUCGAUACUUUAGUGUUAUGUGUUGGUUUGUUAUAUUUUAUUAUAAAGAUAUAAUUUAAUUGAUCAAGUAAACACAUAUAUUUGUAGGGCAAAGUUGAUUAUUUGAUACAUGAUAGAAUUCCAUGUCAUAUUUCAUUGAGGUCCAUUAUUUUAACAUUCGUUUUCAUAUUGUUUAAAAUAUUAUAUUUUAUAACUUAACAAUGA